CCCGCUUAAGUUGAAAAAUGAUAUGUUGACGCAUAUUCAGGAUCUGUUUGUGUUGCCUACUAAUUCAGAGAAACAUAUACUCCAAACAAUGGGAGCUGCACAUAAAAAUUUUAGGUGCACUUUGUACACUGAAUUCAUUGCACAACACAUGGAUGAGCCCGAGAAGUUAAGCUUACCUCCAAAAGAAUAUAAGCACAUUGGUACUGAUGAAUGGAGAAUAUUUGUGAAGAGGUGCUUUACAGAAGAAUUCCAGGUGAUAGAACUUACUAAUGCAUUUAAUAUAAGUAGAAACAUUUGUGAAUAUAUGUAAUAAUUUUGUUAAAUGCUUUUAGGAAAAAAGCAAAAAAGCAUGUGAAAAUCGAAAGAAGAAUAUAUAUAAUCACCGAUUAGGUUCAACAGGUUAUGGAGGGUUACUUUUAAAGAAGAAAGAACAACUUGGAAGUAAUGUCAACGACAUUGAUCGAGCGGAUACAUGGCUCUUGGGAAGAGAAAGAAAAGAUGGUGGAUAUGAUCCUGAGGUUUUGGAAGUUGCAGAAGAAAUAAAGGAGCUCAAAAAUAAGGUGAAGGAAGGAUCAUUUGUG